AUUCUCUCUAUAAAACUCAUCAUCACCUUUUACUAAUACAAUAUACACACUGCAUGCCUUUUUUUUCUCCUUUGUUUUUUAGUUGAUAUGGCUACAAAUAAAUCUUCAAAUUACGAGGAUGAUCAGGUUUUGGUGGAAGGAAACUCUCAUGUGAAGACACUGAUACUAAAUAGGCCCCUAAAAUUGAACGCCCUGAACUAUCAAAUGGUUUUACAAUUGUCCGAGGAGUUCCAGAAGUUGGAAAAUGAUCCUGCUGUUAAGUUGGUAAUCGUAAAGGCAAAUGGAAAAGUAUUUUGUGCUGGAGGAGAUGUUAUUGAAUACUAUCGUUGCUUGCUCAGAGGUAUUAUUCAACCUGGUUAUAUUUAUCUGGAAGCUUUUGUGAUACUGUAA